CAAACAUUCUUGCCAGCCCACACAGCCGCCUCGCCCGCUCGUCCCCAUCGCUCCUCCCAAUCCCCCAAUCCCGGCGACCCAAAACCCCCGGGCCCCCGCCGCGCCGGCUCUCCUUUGCCGUCGUCACCGGCGUGGAGAAACCCUACCGUGCCUCGCUUCCUUCCGUUCGCCACCCAUCUCGCUUUCCCGUCCACCAACAGGAGACUCGCGAUGCCCGGAAACCGCGAGGUUGCAGUUGGCGGCGGCGCUGACCGGUUCAGCGACCUCCCCGACGGCAUCCUCGAGCUUGUCCUCUCCUUCCUCCCGGCCGCGGACGCCGUGCGCACGUCAGUGCUCUCCAGGCGGUUUCGGGGCGCCUGGGCCCACGCGCCCGCGCUCAACUUCUCCGACCACCUGCUCCGGGACCUUUUCCUCGGCUUCGCGCGCGAGGCGCUCGCGCGGUACGGCGCACCCGACAUCCCCGCGCUACAUGUGACCAUCGAAUCCGAGUUUAACCUCGGUCCCGCCACCGACGCGUGGCUCCGCGACGCCAUGGAGCGCGCCGUCGAAUCGGUCUCUGUCACCGUGACGGCGCCGGGAGCGCUGCACUGCCUGACUCUCCCUCGCUGCCUGAGAGCCAUGUCGAUCGCCCUCAGGCUGAGCGGCGUCUGCUUCCAGCACUGCCCGCUUGUCCUCCCGGAGCCCGACGCACCGACGUCGUUCUGCGGGUUGACGGAGCUGAGCCUCUCGAGGGUGAGGCUGCAGGAACGCGUGCGACCCCUCGGCGUGUUCCUGUCAUCUUGCUGCACCCAGCUGAGGAAGCUGCGCCUUAGCAAGGUCAGUGGGGGCCUGGCUGCAGAUGGGGGACUUACCCUGUGGCCGCUCGUGCUCCACUUGGACCUGCUGGAGGAGCUCGAGGUCGAUCGCGUCGAGACCUUUACCAAGCUGCAGGUGGCGUCCUCCAAUCUCCGCACCCUGGGUGUGCUCUCCUGCUUCGAGUCUUUCUUGCAGUGGGGCAUGGACACCGUGGUUGAGAUCUCGGGGCCGAGACUUGAGGAUGUCAGCUGGUCCGGCUCACUCCCGAAGCACCUCAGCUUCCUGAAUGGCAGUCAUUGCAUCCGGCGUCUGUCUGGUCUCCGUUUCUACUUGCCUGGUAAAGAGUUCCACUCUGCUAGCGCUGUGCGGUUACUGGAGAUGUGCUUAGCCGACCAUCUCACUGUUUGCAUUGACAUCCCAGACUCCACCUCUCCAGCCAUGUUUUUUUUUUGAACUUAAUGGCAGGAGCUCUGCCUUUCAAUUAAGGAGGGGAAAAAGGUUUAUGUACAGAUCAAAAGGGCCAAAACUCCAGCCAUGUUAACCCGAGAGGAGUUGGAGCAUGUACCACACCUUCCUAAAGUCAGAGCACUCUCGCUGCAGAUAUUUGCGAUUUUGCGGCUUAUCAGGUGUCCCAUUGCACCAGUUAUCUUAUCCUUCCUCAAGCAAUGCUCCAAUCUAACACAACUUCACAUUGACCUGUCGAUGCUGCACCAGUUCUCAAGGUUGUAUGCAGGGUCUUUUAUGGUUCCAGAUAACGAUGAAACUGAAUUGAAAAAGCCAUGGCAAAUUACUGACUGCGGCAUGUGGAAGAUAUGCAGAGAUCAACAGCAACUAAGUUCACUUCGAGAGAUAAGGCUCAGUGGGUUCAUGGGAACAGGCCGCGAGAUGGAGGUUGCUGAUCUUCUUUUUGGGGUUUGGGCAUCACGACCGGCGCUUGAGAGAAUAUCUAUAUCAUUGUUCCCUCAAUUAAACCAAGGCGUGGAUGGCAGUCUUGGGUGCGAAAUUGGAACAUGGUUGAAUUUCGAGGGGAUGCCUGUUUCGUUUGCGCGAGUACUGCAACAUAUGGAUGCCAUUGGUGCGAAGAUGAAGGCUGAGUUCCCUCUUAUGGGAGGAUGCUGGGAAACCAUUCCGAGGAAAGAAAUCACAUGGACCAGAACAUGAAUUGCAAGGUAAUAUGGUUUACAUAAAUAUUACGGGACAACAAAUACUGUUGCUGCAUUGUAGGAAUGUAGGAUGGCUAUUAGCUAGCUCCUUGGUCAUACAUCAAGUAGUUACACGUUUCUAGUUAAGUUUCCUGCAGUGAACGUUCUAAAUUGAUGAGGAGAUGGUGAUUAGGGUAGGGGCCACGCCAUGCUAGCGCUCUUGUUAUUUGCUAUGGUUAUUAUUGCAAUUAUUUUGGUGAAGUAUUGUGAUAUCAAUGAACAAGCACUUCCCAAGUGCCAUGUUUUCUUCUGCAGCAGCAUUUACUUUGAAAAUUGGUGGCCAUAUUUUUGGUACCGGAGAGUGGAGACCGCGUCUUGCCCAAGUAAAAAAUAACCAAAGUCACGUGUCACGUAUCUGUUGCUACCGCACUGCCUACGCCAUGUCGCGGAUAUAUGCUCGAUCUCGAUAGACGACUCGGAAUGACGCAACAAUCUCUGAAGCAUGGGUUGACUCCUGCUUGGAUGUGAACACGAUAACAUGUGUUUUGCAUUCGUGAUAACUUACCAGGUUAAUCUUUGUACGAGAGAAACAUUUUAAAACUCAGCGAUGGAAGAUUCCUGAAAUUUUCAUGGGAAUGUAAAGCUCAUUUUCCUGCAAUAAAUGGGAACAAAAAAAAA